UGAAAUGUAAGCCAGGCGACCAUCAUUGUUCUCAUAUCUUCGUUUAAUAAUAAAAGGGGCACGCUCCUGGUGAAGGAAAUCGACCCUGGGAUUGGAUCAAUAUCAGAUCCACGUCUUUCCACCACCGAUACCAUCUCCUCAUCUCUUCCAAGAGAGUCACCCACCGGUCAACCUCCAUCGCCAUGUCUUCGUUAGCCCUGAGCGCCGCCUCUGGCGCAAUCUUUGGUUCGGCCCUGACCGCCUCUGGGGUAUAUUCGCCUUCUGUGAUCGUCUCGCAGAUGGGCUUGACCAAUUUCCACAUGCUCAAGUCCUUCCUGGCAGCAAGCGCAUGCAGUGCGCUCAUCAUUGUUGGAGCAAACCGCUCUGGCUAUGCCAAAUUGCCUGCCCGGACAGAUUCGUCGUACGGAUGGUUUGCUCGGUAUGACGCCAACAUCAUUGGAGGACUACUUCAGGGUAUUGGCAUGACCUUGACCGGUGCAUGUUCUGGCACGGUUCUUGUUCAGAUUGCGCUUGGCAUCAAUACCGCAUUUAAUGCUGCCAUCGGUUGUGUACUUGGCGGAAUAGUGUUCGCAAAGUUCGGUCACCGACUGAAACGAGCGUGCUCGGCCCCAUCAUCUGCAGUCAGUCAAAAACAUACUGUGCAAGACACCACAGGCCUCUCCACGGCGUCGACAAUUCUCAUAUAUGAAGUUUUGAUUCUCUUCAUGAUCACUGCUGCACAGUUCCUCGCCCCAACACGAGAAUACUGGCUCAGCCCCGUUCUUGGAGGUCUUCUCAUCGGCAUCGCGCAAGCUACCAAUGUCCUUUUCCGAAAACAAACACUCGGGGUGUCCAGUGCCUGGCAAGACGUGGGACGAUAUUUCUGGAGUUUUAUUGAGGGUACCUCUGGACCUGGUCUGUCCAAUAUCGUUUUCGCAGGUGGGGUGAUCACUGGCGCCAAAGUUGUCUCGCAAUAUAUCCCGGUUGUCAUUGAGACGGGGCCUGCUGUUUCUCUCACUGCAUCGGUGGUAGGAGGUUUCGCAAUGAUUUUUGGCGCAAGGUUGGCGGGUGGUUGUACUAGUGGGCAUGGAAUCAGUGGCAUGUCGACCAUGAGUCUCAGUAGCUUCAUCACAGUUGCGAGCAUGUUUGGUGGUGGGAUAGCCACGGCAUUUCUUCUGAAAUAGAGAGCCGUUUUGCAUGGUUUUACUUGUCAAGAUUUUAGCGGCGGAAGAUAACGCCUGACAUCCUGGACGGUCAAAUACUUUGCAUCGUCCUAAUCGCU